GUCAUUGGAUUAAAUGUGAGAAAGUUCCAGUUGUAUAAAAACUUUUGUAAGGAACUAAAGAGUGAAUUGUCAUCAGCUCUCUGCAGCUUAUCUCCAGUGACUUCACAGCAACUAUAUAACAGAGUCUGUGCGUGAGUUUCACUAACAAUGCUGCUGUCCAACAUGACAGACUCGGCAGAAGCAGCAGGAGUUAUUCUCUCUGUGGACUUCAGCAGCCCGGAGGACUACUUCAUCUUCAUCUUCCACAUUUUAUUCGCCACCAGCACAGUCCUGGUAGCAGGGACGGUGGUGAUCGGGAUCUCAGCCACCAGAGCGCUCCGCCUUCAGAACCGCUUCAUUUUCAUGCUGAAUACCAGCAUCUGUGACACUCUGGUGGGUUUCUCUGUGUAUUAUCUGGGCCUGUUUGAUGUUCGGGAGCGGAAUCCUUUCAGAGACUGGACGUACAGCGUAUUACGGGAUCUGUUAGGGGUCAACAUACUGACAUUUCUGUUUGCUCAGUUUGACAGGUAUUUUGCUGUAUGUUAUCCAUUUGUCUACAGCCGUUUUAUAACAAGGCAGGUUGUCAUAGGAAUAAACGUUUACUGCUGGCUGUACAAUGUGUUCCACCUGCUGCUUAGGAAUUUGCUGCCUGUCUCCAAAGCUAUACAGCUGUAUGUGUUCGGCAUCAUCUUCUUCCAGCUGAUAGUGCUCACCAAAGUGAUCAUGACCAUCAAACUUUAUGUUGUAGCAAAGUAUCAGCUGCAGAGGGAUCCCCCAGGUCCAGAGAGAGAGAGCAAGAAGGAGUCGCUGAGGAUCAUUAUUUUUGUUGUAAUAAGCUUCCUGGUGCUGUGGUGCCCGUCUUUUGUGAAUAUUGCCAUAAAAUAUUUUACAGGAGCAGGGUUGACUUUCCGAAACGAUGCAACAAAUCUUUUUGUGAUCAUGGCCCGUCUCAAUGCCCUGUGCACGCCGUCUGUGUACAUCUGGGGGAGCCCGGCUCUGCGGGAGGCUACGGUGAGGACGGUGUGGGGGCGGGUGUGCCCUCGUUGCAGGACGAAGUAA